AUGGCGCAGGGAGAUGAGGAAACUUUUGACAAUGCUUUGGUUGACCAUACUCCAAUCGAGUUCAUUGCCGAAGACCAAUAUUUUGCGAUUGAAUUAGGGGACUCAACUUCAAAAUUUAUAUCUAUUCGACCUCCAAAGUUGAUACCAACAGACGACUACCUCCAAUUAAUGAAAACUUUGAACGAAGAUCAACGGAGAUAUUUACUGAACCUUUUGCAUAAUUUGAAAGGAAGAUCGGGGCAAAAUUUCCACUUAAUUCAUGGGCAGGCCGGUGUAGGAAAGAGUAGACUAAUUACUGCAAUAGUUCAGUGCAUAUUAAGGAUGUCGGACAAGGAACCUGGAUUAAGUGGUGAAGCAAUUCCUGUGCUAGUAGCAGCAGCAACUGGUCAAGCUGCAUUUAACGUUAGCGGUAUGACAUUGCACUCAGCAUUCAGACUCCCACCCAAUCAAUACGGAGGAAAAAUGCCUCCACUUGAUCAUGGUUCGUGUAAUACAUUGCGAUGUAAGCAUGAGGCCUUAAAACUUUUGAUAAUUGAUGAGAUUUCCUUAGUUAGCUUGAAAAUGUUCACCCAAAUUGAUCAAAGCUUAAGGCAAAUUUUAGGCACCGACGAAAUGUUCGGAGGAGUUAGUCUGCUAGUUGUUGGCGACUUUUACCAGCUUAGUCCGGUGUUUGGACAAUUUGUUUUCGAAGAUAGCAAGGACAUUUUAGGACCCAUCAUUGGAAAUCCAGUCUGGGAUAGAUUUAGACUAUUUGAGCUUAAGGAGAUCAUGAGACAAAAAGAUGAUGCUAAGUUUGCAACUGCAUUAAACAGACGGUCAAUAGGAAUGCUUGUAGAAGAAGACAUUAAAAUGUUCAAGAGUAGAGAAAUCAGGAAAAACUUAAUUGUUCCAGAUGAUGCAACAUGGUUGUUUUACAGCAACGCUGAUUGUGAUAAAUUUAAUCGCGAAGUGAUAAAUCGAGCAAAGGGUCCAUUGUAUAAUUCAUAUGCCAUAGAUAGAGUACAGGGUGGAAAGAUUCUAGCGUCCCAACAAGCAAUGCUGGAGUCGGCCGAAUAUUUAAGUUUGCAGCAAACUGGAGGAAUGCCAUACCAUGUAGCUUUAAGAGUCGGCCUUCGAUAUAUGAUCACAACAAAUAUUGACGUAUCUGACGGAUUGUUUAAUGGUGCCACAGGGCAACUGGCAAGAUCACACAAUAUGGAAUUGCUCAAACAACUAGAAAUUCCUUUGCAUUGGACCUCAAUCUUCUCAGAGACCAAGGCUUUAAAUAGGUUUGGGCACUAUCAAGGAAUGCAAAUCGUUCGCCGUCAAAUUCCUUUGGUUGCGGCCAAUGCUAUUUCCAUUCAUAAAUCGCAGUCUGUCAAUUCCAAAUACAGUUGA